CCUAACCUGAAUUUUACUCGGAAAAACUUGUCAGGAAAACAAAGGAUUUUUGUGAACUUCCAAAAAACAACACUUUGACAAUUUGUUUCAUAAGAGUUCGACCAGUUUAUCCCGAUCAUAAAUGUAAGAAUACAAGUUUCAAGAAGCUUGCCACGUUUCUUCUUCUUCUUACACUCUUCGCAACGUUUAAUUGACGUCAUUUUAUAAGCUCAUCAACUUAUCUUGAACGACAGAAACUUAUAAAUGUGAGCUUGAUUUAAAAAAAAAAUCCAAUGUUCGAUAAUAAGAUUGACAAUUGAGGAAGAUUGAACGUUUGUAUACGUGCCGUUUUGGACGUUUCAUCAUGCGUGCUAUUAGUUUGGCUUUGACUUUUGCAUUUUUGCAUACAAUUGCGGCUCAACGUUCUCCAACGAUAUCUUACAUAACGCAGGAACAAGUUAAGGACAUCGGUGAGACUGUUGAAUUACAAUGCUCCGUUCAAUAUGCAUCGGUUUAUCCCGUUUUAUGGAUCAAAAUUAAUAAAGAGAACAAACAGGACCAAAUAACACUCGCAAUUAAUAAUGGAAUUAUAAUUGCGGAUAGUAGAUUUUCUAUAAGAUAUGACUCAGAAACUUCUACUUAUCAUCUUCAGAUUAAAAGCUUACAAGAAGUAGAUGUUGGAUACUACCAAUGUAAAAUACAAAUAUCUAUAAGCAGUUCUGUCAGUGCGGAAGUAGAAUUGGAAAUUCGUAGACCACCGAUAAUUAGUGAUAAUUCAACACAAUCUGUACUAGUCGCUGAAGAUCAAUCUAUCCAAUUAGAAUGUUACGCCAGUGGUUACCCAUCGCCAACCAUAUCGUGGCGUAGACAAAAUAAUAAGAUUUUUCCUUCCGGAAAUGCUAUUUACAACGGUAAUAUAGUAAAUUUACCUGUCGUGACGAGAGAGAGUCGUGGAACAUAUUAUUGUAUUGCCGACAAUGGCGUUGGACGCGGUUCUAAACGCAACAUUAAUGUGGAAGUUGAAUUCUCACCUGUAAUCGAAAUUUCGAGAUCGCGAGUCGGACAAGCUCUGCAAUAUGAUGCGGAUUUGGAGUGCCAUGUAGAAGCUUAUCCUCCGCCAGCUAUUACUUGGUACGACAAGAACGGCCAGGAGUUGUUAAAUAGUCAGCAUUACAGUAUAGCCCAAUUUGCAGACGCGGUUGAUUACACUCAUACCACACUUCGGAUUCUUUCUAUAGAAAAACGGCAAUACGGGAAGUACACGUGUCGUGCUCAAAAUGAACUGGGCGUUGCUCAUGGAAAACUUGAACUUUCCGAAACCAUUAUACCCGUUUGUCCGCCAGCUUGUGGUGAAGUUCAUUAUUAUGGAACUGGCGUGGUCUCAGUUUCUUCCGGACCUUUGAUAGCUCUAGUUUUAUUAAUUGCAACGAUACUGAGAAAGUUUUAUUUCAAAUAUUAAUUUUAUUUCUGGUCUUAUAUGGAAGGAGAUCUAGAUUUUUUCAUUAUUUUAGUUGUCGCCACAAUGUUAUCAAACCAAAAGCAACCUAAGAAUAUAGCUUUAUUAUAUUUUAUCUCUUUUAUUGUGUUUUUUUGUAUUAUCUUUUAUUUUAUAACUGUUAUAAACACAGAUUAAAUUAUUUUAAUUAGUAAUAAAAAAAUGUGAGAAAUUGUAUAUAAUGCAAGCAACAUUUCUUUGAAAUACCGUUAGUUCAUCAUUAUUUGCACACACACACA